UGGGGAGAGAGGCAAGGUCACAUGGUCACAGACAUAGGGCACCAGCUGUGAGCAGUAAAACAGAAGCUGCUUAAGAGCUUGUAACAGGGAGAAAGGGAAGGCUUCUCUGAAGAAGGGAGGAUUUGAUCUAUGACCUGAAGGAGGAAGACCUCACCAGUGUUCCAGGAGGAAGAAACAGCUUGAGCAAGGGCCCUGUGGCAGCUGGAGGAAGGGGUUCAAUGAAAAACUGCCAAAAGGCCACUGAGGCUGUUGGGAGACUAGGCAGAAGGAAUGAGGAGGCAGAGCGAGGCUGCGAUGAAAGCUGUCCCCUGACACCAGCCCAGCCCACCUCACUGUGUAGCCAUGAGAGCUGCCUACCUCUUCCUGGUAUUUCUGCCUGCAGGCCUGCUGGCUCAGGGCCAGUAUGACCUGGACCCGCUGCCUCCAUUCCCAGACCAUGUCCAGUACACCCACUAUAGCGACCAGAUUGACAACCCUGACUACUAUGAUUAUCAAGAGGUGACUCCUCGGCCCCCCGAGGAGCAGUUCCAGUUCCAGUCCCAGCAGCAAGUACAGCAGGAAGUAAUCCCAGCCCCCACCUUAGAACCAGGAAAUGUAGAGACGGAGCCCACAGAGCCUGGGCCUCUGGACUGCCGCGAGGAGCAGUACCCGUGUACCCGCCUCUACUCCAUACAUAAGCCUUGCAAACAGUGUCUCAACGAGGUCUGCUUCUACAGCCUCCGCCGCGUGUAUGUGGUCAACAAGGAGAUCUGUGUCCGCACAGUCUGUGCCCACGAGGAGCUCCUGCGAGCUGACCUAUGUCGUGACAAGUUCUCCAAAUGUGGCGUGAUGGCCAGCAGCGGCCUAUGCCAGUCCGUGGCCAUUGCCUGUGCUAGGAGCUGCGGGGGCUGCUAGGGUGGAGCUGGCACCCCAAGCCCUGGCCCCUCCUCGGAUCUGGGGCCCUUCGGCUCUACCUGACCUGGUGCUUUUCUCCCCAGCCCAACAUUCCUUUUAUUCUGUAAAAAGUUAGUGGACUGUAGCCCUGGGGGGUUGCCUCAGGCCCCUCCCCAGCCUGUGGCCACCCCUGGGGCACAAGGGGGUGCUCCCCAAUGCCCAGUCUCGCCCCCAGGUGGGGGACAUCCCAGGCCUCUCUACGGGGUCUGGGCCCCUGACGUGCCUUCUCAGUCCCUCUGAGGACAGUCCCCCACUCCAGGCCCACCUCCCCCCAAGGUAGGCUCUGACCCUCACCCCAGCUGGUCUGCUUGGAUUUCCUACAGCCCCUGGGCAUAGAUCACCUUUGUUUUAUACAAAAUUAAAAACAGGUUUUUACAAAA